AUGCCAGACCGACACACAGAUGACGACGCGCAAUUGGCCGCCAUGGGCCACAAGGCCGAACUGCAGCGAAACUACUCCAUGCUGUCGAUGUUGGGUCUCGCUUUUGCGAUUUUGAAUUCAUGGACCGCGUUGUCGGCUAGUAUGUCGCUAAGUCUGCCGUCGGGGGGUAGUACGAGUGUUGUUUGGGGUCUGAUUACGGCCGGUAUCUGCAAUCUGUGUAUUGCCGCGUCGCUCGCCGAGUUUUUGUCUAUGUAUCCUACUGCCGGGGGUCAAUAUCACUGGGUUGCUGGCUGGAUUAAUGUAGCUGGUUGGAUUGCGCUCGUCGCUACGGCCGGUCUUUUGGCGAGUCAACUCAUUCUUGGAGUGAUUUUUUUGAUGAAUCCGGACUAUGUCUCCCAACGAUGGCAUCAAUUCCUCAUCUACAUUGGCUACAACAUUGCAGCAUUCAUUAUCAACGCAUUCAUGAACUCGGCCCUUCCUUUAGUGACACGAGCAGCAUUCAUCUGGUCUAUCACUGGGUUUGCCAUUGUCUCAAUUACAGUGUUGGCUUGUUCCUCGCCCAACUAUAACUCUGGCGAUUUCGUUUUCCGCGAGUUUCUGAAUGAGACUGGCUGGCCGGACGGUAUUGCGUGGUUACUUGGAUUGCUACAAGGUGGACUUGGUGUUACCGGAUAUGACGCAGUUGCUCACAUGAUUGAAGAAAUCCCCAACGCUGCUAUUGAAGGCCCCAAGAUCAUGAUCUACUGCGUCUGCAUCGGCACAUUCACCGGCGCCGUGUUCCUCAUUGUCCUACUCUUCGUACCUGGAAACAUCGACGACAUCAUUUCCUCCUCGGCUGGUCCUUUGCUCCAAAUCCUCGACAAUGCGACCAAGAACCAUGCCGGUGCUAUCUGUCUCUUGAUGGUCCCACUGGUGUGCCUCCUAUUCGCAGCCAUCACCAUCAUGACCACAUGCAGUCGAAUGGUAUACGCCUUUGCGCGUGACGGUGGUCUACCUGCUUCACGCUUCUUUGCACGUGUUCAUAAGAGGCUAAAUGUGCCUCUCAAUGCGUUGUAUUUGACUACUAUCAUGGUUAUUAUUUUUGGUCUGAUUUUCUUGGGAUCUUCUAGUGCAUUUAAUGCGAUCAUCUCUGCAUCCGUCGUUGCGCUCGAUAUUUCAUACGGAAUGCCAAUUAUGAUCAAUGUUAUGCGUGGUCGGAGGAUGAUUAAGGAUAGUCCGUGGAAGAUGUCUGAACCACUUGCCUGGACUGCCAAUAUCAUAUCACUUAUCUACAUCAUCCUCACAACAGUCCUCUUCCUCUUCCCGCCCGACCUUCCAGUCACGCCUAGUAACAUGAAUUACUGUGUCGUCGCUUUUGGCAUUGUGCUGAUCAUCUCCUUGUUCCAAUGGGUGGUUGACGGAAGGAAGAAUUUCACUGGGCCGCGUAUCAGUCUUGAUGAAUUGAGUCAUGGAGUUACUAUUGGACAGGCCCCGCUUGAGCAGCAGGAUUCUAGCGAGCAGGAGAGGGAAAAGACUGCUUUGAAGUAG